AUGCGACUUGUUUGUACUGGUAUCCCUACACUGGUUCGAAUAAUGGAAACGAAAUCGCCAUAUUUUUCCCCCAAGAAAACAAGAAAUUUCACCAAAAAAGCAGGUUUAAGUCUACUGCAGAAGGCUACCCAAAACAACAUACCAGUAGAGGGCAAGUCUUCCGGCAAAAGAAGUGCUUCUGUGUUCAAGGCCAAGGACGAAAGCAGCACUAAUGUUGCUUCAGCCCCCAAAAAAACGGGUAAACAACGUGCAAAAAAUAUUCGCAUCGAUGCUGCAUCUGUGUCCAAUGAAACUAACAAAACGGAAUCUUGCCUCCUCAAAACCCCGGAAAAGCACCACAAAGCAGACACGAACAUUGAAGAAGGAAAACCAACAGAUAUUUUCAAUGAUCCAGGCUUACCCAACAAUCCAGGGGAAAAUUUGUCAUUGAAAGAGGUAAAAAUUAAAGUCGAACCACCGGAAGAAGACGAAGUAACGUCUCAAGUCCCGAUCGAAAAGACGCCUGUUAAGCAGGAAGCAUUCGAUUGUUUAUCUCCUACCAAGCGAGAGAACGCCGAUGAUCAAGAUGAUGCAACCAUUGCGAAAGAGUCAAGGUGGGAGCCAGAGAAUUGGCGUCAGAUGUUGGAAAAUAUUCGCCAAAUGCGCAGAACAACCCCGGCCCCAGUAGAUACGAUGGGAUGCGAUCAGUUUAGUCAGGACACGGAAAGCGUACUUCCGGAUCAUCUCAAACGCUACCAUUGUCUUGUGUCGCUGAUGCUGUCGAGUCAAACGAAGGACCAGGCAAACCAUGAAUGCAUGUUGCGGUUGAAGAAACAUGGGCUUACGCCAGAAUCAAUUGUAGCCACCGAUAGUGCGGUAUUGCAGCAACUCAUCUACCCGGUCGGUUUUUAUAAGAACAAAACGCGCUUCAUCAAGGAAAUGUCCCAAAUUUUAAUUGACCAGUACGGGGGAGACAUUCCGGACAGCAUCGAAGGACUGCUGAAGUUACCGGGUGUCGGCAAAAAGAUGGCCCAUCUCUGCAUGCGUUCAGCCUGGAAUAUUGUCACCGGCAUUGGGGUCGACACGCACGUGCACCGCAUAACCAACUGGUUAAAGUGGGUCCCGAAGGAAACGAAGAAUCCAGAAGAAACCCGUCAAGCAUUGGAGAAAUGGCUACCGUACGAGCUGUGGGAUGAGGUAAAUCAUAUGCUGGUCGGAUUCGGGCAAACUAUCUGCACAUCGCGAUUCCCUCGUUGUAACGAUUGUCUGAAUGCUCCUAUCUGCCCAGCGCUUGGCAAACAACCGAUGCGUAGUACACCGGUAAAGAAAGAGCUGAAAAUGGAAAAUUUGGAAUUUUAA